AUGAGUUCUCAGAUUUCGGAGAUCGAGCAAGAGCAGUUGAUCGAAAAGCUUGAGAUCUUCAAGAUCCAUGGUAGAGACAAACAUGGACGUAAAAUCCUUCGUGUUAUCGGAAAAUCCUUCCCAGCGAAGUUUCUGUCACUUGAUGUGUUGAAAAACUAUCUAGAGGAAAAGAUCUUUCCUCGAUUGGGAAGAAAACCGUUCGUUGUACUCUACGUUCACACCGGUGUACAAAGAACAGAGAAUUUCCCAGGAAUCUCAGCUUUACGAGCGAUCUACGAAGCGAUCCCGUUAAACGUCAGAGACAAUCUCCAAGAGGUUUAUUUCCUCCAUCCAGGCCUUCAAUCACGUCUCUUCCUCGCCACUUGCGGCCGAUUCCUCUUCUCCGGCGGGUUGUAUGGUAAGGUAAGGUACAUAAGCAGAGUUGAUUAUCUGUGGGAACACGUGAGGAGGAACGAAAUUGAGAUCCCUGAGUUUGUUUACGAUCACGACGACGAUUUAGAGUAUCGUCCGAUGAUGGAUUACGGUCAAGAGAGUGAUCACGCUAGGGUUUUCACCGGAGCCGCCAUGGAUUCUUCAGUCUCCAGUUUCUCUAUGAGGUGUAUCUCAUAA